AACCCCAACCCUUCAACUUAUAAUUAAUCAAACCCUCUCUCUCUCUCUAUAUAUAUAUAUAUGUAUAUGUGUGUGCGUGCAUCUGUUCAUAUAUAUGUAUCUAUAUAUAUAAUCUCAGAAAGCAAUGGAAUGUAUAAUAUAACAAUGGCGUCCGUGCAUUUGUUCCAGGUUUGGUUUGGUCCAUGGAUCUGCAGGCGCCAUGUCCCUCUAAAAUAUUCAACCACUAUUCGCAAAUUCAUACUUCACCCCAUGAGAGAGAAUUACCAACUUUGAAGUUGAAGAAGAAGAAGAAGAAGAAGAAGCUGAUCAUUAUGUCUAACGACAAAGUUGAUGUUUCUCGAGUCGCUUUAAUCCUUCUCUUGAUCUUGUUUACAGGUGCUCUUGUCAAUGGAGAUUCGCUUGAAUCAGACAAAGAGGUGUUGAUGGCUCUGAAAGCCUACCUUGAAGCUCAAAAUCAAGUGAAUCGAGGACGAUACAGUGACUGGGACCCUCUCCAAGAACCCUGCCAGUGGCCGGGAAUUUCGUGCAGCGGCGGCCGUGUCACCGCCGUAGACCUCUCCGGCAGUAAGAUCGCAGGUGAGAUAUUCGGCAACUUUUCAGCUUUGACUGCCAUGUCCCAGCUGGACCUCUCCCAGAACACCAUCGCCUGCAGCUUCACGGCGGACUUAGGCUUGUGCAGGAGCCUGAAAGUUUUGAACUUGUCCCACAAUAUUAUCAAUGCUGCGCUGAAUCUUACGGGGCUCGUCAGCCUGGAGGUUCUUGACCUGUCCAUGAACCGGAUUAACGGCGGAAUUCAGUUCUCUUUCCCGGCGAUAUGCAACAGUUUGGUUGUGGCCAAUUUGUCCAACAAUAACUUCACCGGAACAAUCGACAAUGCCUUCGAAGAUUGCUGGAAUUUGAAGUUUCUUGACCUCAGCGCCAACAAUUUCUCCGGCGGCAUAUGGCAGGGCUUUCCCAGGCUCCGAGAAUUCUCUGCCUCCGAAAAUCUUUUCACUGGCCAACUUUCCGAGGAAAUUUUCUCGGGAAAUUGCGGCCUCAAGGUUUUAGACCUCUCAGAAAAUGCAUUCACUGGAAAGUUUCCUGGAAAAAUCUCCAAUUGCAGGGAUUUGGUGGUUCUGAAUCUUUGGGGAAACAACUUCACUGAUCAAAUUCCGGCGGAAAUCGGAUAUAUCUCGAGCUUAGAAGCACUGUAUCUGGGAAACAACAGUUUUUCGAGAGAGAUUCCGGAGACCUUGCUUGGAUUGGCAAACUUGUUCCUCUUGGAUUUGAGCGAGAACAAUUUCGGGGGCGAAAUACAAGAAAUCUUCGGAAAAUUCACUCAAAUCAAGUUGCUUAUACUGCAUUCAAAUUCGUACAUUGGUGGGAUUAUUACAUCUGGGAUUCUGAAUUUGCCCAAUAUUUCACGAUUAGACCUCAGCUUCAACAACUUUUCUGGUCCAUUACCAGUUCAAAUUUCUCAAACGAAAAGCUUGAUGUUCUUGAUUCUUGCCUUCAAUAAAUUUAGUGGAAAUAUUCCACCAGAAUAUGGCGAUUUGACUCAGCUUCAAGCUCUUGAUCUCAGCUUCAACAGAUUAGACGGUCCAAUUCCGGCGAGUUUUGGAAACUUGAGCUCCUUGCUAUGGUUGAUGUUGGCGAACAAUUCACUCGCCGGCGAAAUCCCUCCGGAGCUGGGGAGUUGCCGGAGCUUGCUGUGGCUAAACCUGGCCAACAACCAGCUUUCCGGGGGAAUUCCGCCUGAGCUGACGAACAUUGGGCUGAAUCCGACGCUGACAUUUGAGGAAAAUCGUCGGAGUGACCGAGCCAUCGCCUGCCUUGGCGAGUGCAUGGCUAUGAGGCGGUGGAUUCCGGCCGACUACCCUCCGUUCAGCUUUGUGUACUUUCUUCUUACGAGGAAGAAUUGCAGAAGCUUGUGGGAUCGGCUGCUCAAAGGCUAUGGCAUUUUCCCGGUUUGCGUCGGCGGCGUACGGACGUUUCAGAUCUCCGGCUACGUUCAACUCAGCGGCAAUCAGUUGUCUGGCGAGGUUCCAUCUGCGAUCGGCAAGCUGCAAAGAUUCAGCAUGCUGCAUCUCGGCAUCAACAGAUUUUCCGGUGACCUCCCGCCGGAGAUUGGGCUUGUGCCGCUGGUGGUUCUUAACAUCUCCCACAACAAAUUCUCCGGCAAAAUUCCGGCCGAAAUUGGCGGCAUCAAGUGCUUGCAGAACCUUGAUUUGUCAUACAACAAUUUCUCUGGUGCUUUCCCUUCCGGCUUUAACAAUCUGACUGAUCUGAGCAAGUUCAACGUCUCUUACAAUCCACUCAUCGCCGGCGUAAUCCCGGAAACCGGCCAACUAGCAACCUUCGAGAAGGAUUCUUUCCUUGGCGAUCCAUUGCUACACCUUCCGGCUUUCAUGGACAAUUCUACCAAUCACCCAUCAUCAAACGGCGACAAGAAGCCGGGAAGGACUAAAAAGCUGGGCGCAUUUUUGGUGUUCAUUUCUCUGAUAACGGCGCUUCUAGUCUGCGGAAUAAUCACCUUCAUACUCUGCCUUGUCUUGAAAAGCCACAGAGAGAUGCCGGAACAGUUUCUGGAGGAAACAAAGGGCGAGAACGGAUACAUGUCGAGCUCGGCCGUGUCUUCGCCAUGGCUGUCAGACGGUGUUAAGGUCAUCCGUUUGGAUAAAACGACGUUCACUCACGCCGACAUUUUGAAUGCCACGGGGAACUUUUCCGACGACCGGAUUAUCGGGCGGGGAGGGUUCGGGACAGUGUACAGAGGAGUGUUGCCGGACGGGAGAGAAGUGGCUGUGAAGAAGCUCCAGAGAGAGGGCAACGAGGGGGAGAGGGAAUUCAGAGCUGAAAUGGAAGUCCUAACCGGAAAUGGCUUCGGUUGGCCGCACCCCAACCUUGUCACACUCUACGGAUGGUGUCUCGAUGGAUCCGCCAAGCUCUUGGUCUACGAAUACAUGGAAGGAGGGAGCCUAGAGGACCUCGUUUCGGAUAGGACGAGGUUGACGUGGAGGAGGAGGAUCGACGUGGCGGUGGACGUGGCCCGGGCGUUGGUUUUCCUCCACCACGAGUGUUUUCCGGCCAUCGUCCACCGGGACGUGAAGGCGAGCAACGUCCUGCUCGACAGUCACGGGAAGGCAAGCGUUACGGACUUCGGCCUGGCCAGAGUUGUGAAGGCUGGCGUUAGCCACGUCACCACGAUGGUGGCCGGAACGGUGGGCUACGUGGCCCCGGAGUACGGGCAGACGUGGCAGGCGACCACGAAGGGUGAUGUGUACAGUUUCGGGGUGCUGGCGAUGGAGCUGGCGACGGGGCGGCGGGCGGUGGACGGAGGCGAAGAGUGCCUGGUUGAGUGGACGAGAAGGGUGAUGGGGGGCGGCCGGAGAGGCGGCAUGGUGCCGGUGGCGCUGAUGGGGUCGGGGCUGGCGGAGGGGGCGGCCGAGCUCCGGGAGUUGCUGAAGCUUGGGGUGCGAUGCACGGCGGAGGCGCCGGCGGCUAGGCCGAACAUGAAGGAGGUGCUGGAUAUGUUGGUUAGGAUUUCCAGUCAUGGGAAGCUGAAGAGCCACGGCGGCUCUCCUCCAUCACUGUAAUUUGGUUCUGGUGUACAAUUAAAUUACAAAGGGCUCUGUAAAAUUAACCUUCUUGUAGGAAAGUCUAUAGCCAUCAAUAUCAUUCAUUGAUUUGAAGAAGAAAUUGGUCGGCCCGGCCAUCUAAAGCCGGAAAGAGAGAAUUUGAUCCA